AUGUAUAGUUUAGAUUUCAAUACGUAUCGACAAAAGAAAACAGACCAUUGCAGUUAUUUAGGGGAGAAUCUACCUGAGGAACAGCUGCGGAGUUUCUUAGUACAACAAAUGAAAGUAACGGAGAGUGAGCCGUUCCACGUUCGACGUUUUGGGCAUGGUCAAUCGAAUCCAACUUAUUAUAUCAAUAUCGGAGGCAGAGAAGUCGUUCUGAGAAAAAAGCCGGUGAGAUUGUUGCUUGAGAGUUGUUUUUUUCAUAGAAGAUGGAUAAGUCGUACCCUUCGUGGACUAGUAAUUCCAAGUAAAACUACUAUCCUCGAGCAAACGGGGUUUUGCCUCAAACAUUACAUUAGCAAUGUGUUUCUUUUCUGA